CUCCCUCUCAAAUCUUCGCUCAUCGCUGGCGCUUUCGCCCUUUCGGUGCUUGCGAAAGCGCCCUUCCGAGUCCUGAUCAGAGGCUAGGUGAUCAUGGCUGCCGAAGUUGUCCUUGCAGCUGCUUGCAGCAACAUGAUGUCUUUCAGGAUUGAUUGAUAGGGAAGGGGCAAGGGGCACCUCGUGUGUUGAAAGAAACUUUCACCAGAUUGAGUUCAUUGAAGUAAUACAGUCGCUAGACAUCGUUAGAAGCAGUCCACGAGACAAAGUGACAGCCAAUUGGAAGCCAUGGCUGAGAACGAGGAAGCAAUUCUGAAGGAUGCGAAGAAACUUCCCCUUGAAGAUCGACUUGCGCACAAGCACUGGAAAGCGAGAGUGCAAGCACUUGAAGACAUAGCUGUGACCUGUGACAAGGCCACAGAUCCCAAGGAUCCGAAGCUGCGGGAAUAUGGGCCUCUCUUCAAGAAGGCAUUGUCCGACUCAAACGCUGCGGCUCAGGAGAAGGCGCUUGAUGCACUCAUCGCCUUUUUGAAGCGCACAGACACAGAGUCAGGAAGGUAUGCGAGAGAAGUGAACACAGUCCUGGUCUCAAAGUGCUUCACUGGUCGGCCGAAGACCAUAGCAAAAGCCACGGAGGCUAUUGAGCUUUUUGUGGAACUUGAGGCGUCAGAAGCUGUGGUGGAAGUGCUUAUCAAGGGCUUCGACAACAAGCUUGCGAAGGUCAUCAUCCCAGUGAUUGACGCACUUUUCAGCAUCAUCAGCCAAUUUGGUACGAAAGUUGUGAACGUGCGGCCGAUACUGAGCAAGGAUGCCAAGACGGACAAGCUGUACUUCCACUCGGACCAGAAGGUUCGAGCGGCUGCCAAGGGGCUCACCAAGGAGCUGGCGAGGUGGAUUGGAGUGGGCCCUGUCAACAACGCCCUGGUUGACAAGAUGCCCGAUGUCAUGAAAAAGGAGUUGGAGGCAGAGCUGGCAGAGCUUCCAGCCGGAGCGGCGGCGCCAACGAGAAGGAUACGUUCGGAGCAGGACAAGCCCGAGGAAGUAAUUGAGGGGCCGGCACCUGGUGCAGCAGCAGAUGGCGCCGCCGAAGAAACCAAGGCGGCGGUGCCAGACGAAUGGGAAUACAUGGAGCCGUUUGACCUUCUGUCGACUUUGAAGAACGACUUCUGGCAAGGAGUGGUGGCAAAGAAGUGGUCUGACAAGAAGGACGUGAUAGUCAAGCUGUCGAAGGAGGCGGAGGGAAAGAAGCUUGCCCCUGGGGACUACUCGGAGCUCACUCGGACUUUGAAGAAGCUCAUGACGGACUCAAAUGUUAGUGUCACUACCGAGGCCAUCACUGCUGCCGGUCAUCUCGCCAAGGGUCUGCGGAAGGGAUAUACUGCUGGAUCGAGGAAUCUUCUGACAACGCUGCUGGAGAAGUUCAAGGAAAAGAAAGCGCAAGUCGUGAAAGAGGCCCAGAGCACGCUGCAAAUCAUGUACACAGCGGGCUGUCUUGACAUGGUGGAAAUCCAGGCUGAGGUCGAAGCUGCGCUGAAGCACAAAGUGCCGUCCGUCAAGUCGGAGACGCUGGCUUGGAUCACUUUCUGCAUCGACCAGAGUCCGAAGCCUGUCGUGAUUGCCCUGCACAAGGCUGACAUGACGACCAAGGUCGCAAACUCAUUGGUGGACGGCACGGUCGAGGUUCGUGAGGCUGCGUUCCUCGCCCUUGCAGCAAUAGCCAAGAAACUGGGGAUGGGCCCCCUCAACAAGAUUGUGGACACGCUCGAUGAGGUCAAGAAGAAGAAGCUGAUGGACAUUGUGGCGGCUGUCACAGGAACAGCGCCCGCCGCAACUGGCCCCGCGGCGCCCACGAGCAGUGGGUACGGGCAGACCUCCGGAAGCGCAGCGGCACCCACAGCACGGAUGACAGCGGCAGGAGCUUUGAGCGGCAAGCGGCCAGCUCUGAAGCCUGUUGCCAAGAAGGUCAACACGGGCGGCCCUGCGACCAAGAAAGGCGAGGGCGCUGGGCCUGCCAAGAGCGCAGCACCGUCCGCAGCGGCUGAGGAAGAAGUUUCGCUUUCGGAGAUGAGCAAGGAGGAGAUUGAGGCCAAGGUGGCGGCUAUCCUCCAGCCAGAGACGGUCGCCAAACUUAAGAGCUCCGUCUGGAAGGAGCGCGUGCAAGGUGUGGAGGAGGUCGCAGCGGUAGUGGCGAACCUGAAAGAGGGCGUGCAAGAACACGCCGAGCUGCUUCUUCGGCUGCUCGCUCUGACACCCGGCUGGAAGGAGUCCAACGCCCAGGCUCUGCAAAAGACCUUCGACGUGGCCGCCAGCAUUGCCAGCGCCUCGCCUCAGUUUCCUAAGAGAGGCGUCGUCAUUUGCAUGCCAGGUCUCGUUGACAAGAUCGGGGAUGCGAAGAUGGGAGGGCAGGUGAAGGGCUGCCUCACAGCCUUCUGUGAGGCGGUCGGGCCGCAGUUCGUCUUUUCGAGGCUGUACAAGCCCAUCGCUGGCCACACGAACCAAAAGAACUUCGGGCAGGCCCUUGAGUGGAUGGGCACCGCCAUCGAAGACUUUGGCGUGGGGAUGCUCAACCUCAAGGAUCUUUUGGACUUCUGCAAAGCGGGGCUGGAUUCGCCAAACAACGCUGUGAGGACGUCCGCAACCAAGCUACUCGGAACCAUACACAAAUACAAAGGCCCUGACAUCAAGAGCGCUCUGGGCGAUGUGAAGCCGGCUCUCAUGUCCGCUGUGGAGGCCGAAUUCACGAGGAACCCUUAUGAGGGCCCUGCUGCUGCGCCCAAACGGCAAGUCAAGGUCGCUGAGGCAGUUGUUGCCGGCAAUGGAGAGCUACCAAGAGAAGACAUUAGUGGGAAGAUCACGGAAGCCAUGCUGACAGAGAUGGCCAGUACCGACUGGAAGGUCCGACAAGCUGCCAUCGAGUCGGUCAACCAGGUAAUUGAGGACGCCCGCAAGCGGAUCCAGCCGGCGGGGCUGGGCGACCUGUUUGCGGCCCUCAAGGGCCGCUUGAACGACUCCAACAAGAACCUGGUGGUCAGCGCCCUCGCUGUGCUGGCCAGCCUGGCAGCCGCACUGGGCCCUGGAGCAGACAAAACCAACAAGAGUAUCCUGACGGAGGUCCUGAAGUGCAUGAGCGACAACAAGAAGCUCGUCAGGGAUGCUGCGCUCAAGACGAUGGACGCCUGGCUGGAGGCGCUCUCUCUGGAUAAGCUGGUCCCCUACCUGGUUGUUGGGCUGGCAGAGCCCAAGAUCUCCGCAGACGGGCGUAAAGAGCUGUACGAGUGGACGGCCAAGCAGGUGCCGGUGGCGGGCGCGGGAGCAGCGGAAGCGGCAGCGCUGGUUAAACCGUGUGCCUCGGCGCUGCAGGACAAAUCCGCGGAUGUUCGAAAAGCGGCGGAAGCUCUGACCGGGGAGCUCGUCCAGGCCUGCGGCUACGGACCGGUUAGCAAGGCUGCUCGAGACCUGCAAAGCAAGAACCUGGCGGUCCUUCAACCAAUCCUGGACAAGCUCAAAGGUGUCUCAAGUGCCCCCGCCUCGCCUGGCGAUUCCAAGCCCAGCACGUCCGCCCGCCCUCAAUCCGCUCCUCAACGGAAGAACGAGUCCGAGGCCGCCGACCCCUCCGGCCGUCCCCGCACCGCUGCUGCGAAAGCUGGCGGCGUACGGACGUCCCAAGCUUUGCCGAGCAGGCUCAAGAAGCAGGACGCAGACGACGCGGCUGCGCAAUCGAGCGUCCCGCUCAUUCAGGAGAACGAUCUCAAGGAGGAGCGUGCCCGGCGUGCCCCGCGGCGCAUCAAGUUCGACGACCAGCGCGACGAGGAGCUGGCAGACCUGGAGGCGUGCAUGCAGCCCAUCUUCCGGGAGGACCUCUACAAGCGCCUCACCAGCGCCGAGUUCAAGGACCACGUGGCGGCGCUGGAUUUGCUGACCAAGGGCGUGCCGCAGUACAUCAAGGCGAUGACGGACAACCUGGACGUGCUGCUGCGCUGGAGCGUCGUGCGCAUCUGCGAGGCCAACACGUCGUCUAUGCUCAAGACGGUAGAGUUUCUUGAAGCCCUCCUCGACGCGCUCAAGGGCCAAAACUACCACCUCUCGGACUAUGAGGCAGGCCUGUUCAUCCCCUGCUUGGUGGAGAAGAGCGGCCACCAGAUGAAGCCGGUGCAGCAGAGCAUCCGCAAGCUGAUGCGCCAGAUCACGAUGGUGUACCCCGCAUCCAAGUUCUUCGCGUUCCUCGUCGAGGGCGUGCGCUCCAAGAACAACCGCACGCGCAUCGAAUGCGUCGACGAAGUGGGCAACCUCAUGGACCGCCACGGGGUGGAGAUCGUGGGCUCUACGAAGGCGCUGCAGGUGAUUGCUGCCAUCACUGCGGAGCGGGACGUUACUUUGCGGAACGUCUCUCUGCUGACCCUCACAACCGCGUAUAAGAUACUAGGGGAUGACGUCUGGAAGCAGCUAGGGAAGUUGACCGAUGCGCAGAAAGGGCUUAUAGAGGACAAAUUCAGAUGGAAGGCCAAGGAGAUGGAGAAGAAGAAGGAGGGCCGGCCAGGGGAGGCGCGAGCAGAGGUUCGACGGAGCAGAACCACUGCGGUGUCGUCCGCCGCUGACACCGAGCCGGGGCCAGCUCCGCAAGCACCUUACGUUGAGCUGCCGGAAGUGCGGAGUAGCGGCGACGUCGGCAUGCCCUCAAAUCUGCGCGUCAGCUCUGACUCCGGAUUCGCCCGCCGUGAGAACGGCCUCCCCUCCUCCGCGCACUCGUCCCGGGCUAGCACUCCGACGGAGACGGCCAGCACGCCCACGGUCUACUUCGAGCAGGAGAGCAAUGGGUCGGGCGAUGCAGCUGCGCUGUCGUGGCAGGAAGCGCUCGACAGAGUCAUCGGCAGCCCCGACCAGGACCAGGUGAUCGAGGGCCUCAAGUGGCUGUGCUACGAGCUGACAUCGGCGGUGCAGGGCGGCAACGGCGCGCUGCUGGCGGAGUACACGCGCGACGCGGAGCAGCUGGUGCAGGUGCUGACGGACAAGGUCCAGCACACCUUCACGCAGGAGCACAUCUCCACGCGCCUCUGCAAAUACGUCCUCAACACGCUCAUGCAGAUCUUCCAGAUCAAGUCCGCCGCUACGAGCAUCAGCGCGGGCCGGCUGAAGACGCUGGUGGUGGAGCUGCUGCUGUGGCUGCUGGACGACCGCGUGCCGCGCAUCGAGGCCGGCAACCAGCUGCUCAAGGCGCUCAACGUGCUCAUGCUCAAGAUCCUGGAGAACACGGAGCGCACGUCGUCGUUCGUGAUUUUGAUCUCGCUGCUGCGCCCGAGCGGCGUGGCGGACCUGCCGUCGGCGCGGCAGCAGGACGUGAUCGCCGACCGCGGCCCGCGCUUUACGGACCUGGUGGUCAAGUGCCUGAUCAAGCUGACCAAGGCGCUGUCGCUCACCAUCCACGACGUGGACCUGGACAAGCUGCUGCGGAGCAUCCACGACUACCUCGAGGACCUCGGCAUCGACGAGAUCCGCAAGAGGGCGGGCGCGGACGACAAGCCGCUGCGCAUGGUGAAGACGGUGCUGCACGAGCUGGUGAAGCUGAAGGGCAUCGAGAUCAAGGCGCACCUGAGCCUGGUCCCCGGGGUGGACCUGGGCGGCCACCCGGGGCGCGACCAGCCCAUCAUCAUGGCCUACAUCGACCUCAACCUGCAGACCAUGCCCGCCGCGCCGCCGCCACGCCAGGACGCCAGCCCCCCGUUGCGCGAGAGCGCCCCGCCCGCCACCCCGCAACCGGUGACGCUGGAACAAAUUGUGAAGCCACAGCUGGCGGCCAUCUUCAACAAGAUUGGGCGCGGAGCCCACAGCGACGAGGGCAUGGCGGAACUGUACGCGCUGCACCAGCAGUACCCGCGCCUCGACGUGUUUGCGCACAUGGGCAACUGCAGCGACCACUUCAGAUUGCACAUCCGGGAGGGGCUGUCGCGCAUGGCGGCAAAAGCUGCAGACGGACAGCUUCGCGUCGCCGAUGCCACCGAUGCCGGAAGUGAGGCGUCGCCGCCAAAGACCCUGACGCUGCCGCGCACUCCUGAAGGCCAGGCCGCGCCCGAUCUCGAAGCCCAGUUCAAAGAGUUGGAGGCGCAGAUGCCAACUGUGACGGGUGAGCGAGAGCAAGCGCGAGUGCAGUCGACGGGGGAUGCAGAGAGCCGGACGGGCGGCCAGGAACCGGUCGCAGCAGGGGGGUCCAAACUGCGGAUGCCGCAGGCUGUAAGGAGACCUGCCGGUGACUUGGAGCAGGCGGGUGAGCCCACCGGGGGAACUCCGAGAGCUGCGGAGAAUGGGGCGGGGGGACAGCCGUCAGUGGGAACGUUGGAUGCAUUGAAGCUGAGGAUGCGUGCAAUCCAAGCCCAGGCGGCCAGCUCCCCAACAGAACCGUUGCAAAACGGGAUUGUGUCCAAGUCGUUCGAGUUUGAUAGAGGGCAGGGCUUUCCUGCCACUGAGGCGCAAACCUCCCCGGGUGGAACAGUGACGAUAGACCACAUCAAGGACCGUCUGGCCCGAUUGCAUGGAAACGAGCCCGACGCUUAAGUAGUAGACAGUGUGUGCUGAUAUGUACCAGAUGAUGUCAGUCUCAGUAGUGCUUUAGGUAGCUUCGAAGAGUAUAACUUGUUCAGGUCUUGCUAUGAGUCUCUAUGUCGCAAGUUGCUAGGAUCAAAUUACGAUUGGAGUCAUAUUUUUGGCAAGUCCUGUGAUAGUAACCAGACGCAGUAACAUCAGCGGAAGCACGCUCGUUAGAUGUAGUCAUGCAACUGUUUCGAUGGUAUGCGUGGAGAGCUAGCUGGGUUGCCCGGCAAGUUGAGCUUUAAUGCUGAGCAUUGGUGUUAAUGCGGGCAAUGAUGCAAGCUCCCAGGAGUCAGCCAACCAAUGAUAACAUGCCAAUCUGUAUAGAAGGGCCCUCAUCCUCGGAACUGUGAAGAAGACGAGCAACUUACGCCAACUGCGCAUGAUCGAUCAGAAACGCGGC